CCUGCUCGUGCUUGCUCUUCCCCUCCUCCGGCCCAUCGAGAUCGCCGGCCACCUCUGGCAGCACCAGCGGCUGUACCUGCGGCUCCCCGCCGCGCACGGCCGCGGCGGGCCCGGCAGGCACCUGGCGGUCCAGCUGUCCGAGGUGCUGGAUCCGUACGCGGUGGACCCCGCGUCGGGCGCGGCCAGCUUCAGCGCCGCGCUCUUCGAGGACGCGGCGGAGGCCGCGGGGCAGGCCGUGACCGUUCGCGUGGACCUGGAGGCCUCGGAGGGGCCGCCCGCCGUCGGCUUCGAGCUCCGGCUGCGGGCGGCGGAGGGCAGCUCCGAGCUCGUGGCGCGGGCGGCGCGCGAGGGCGGGCGGGCGCAGGGGCUCUGCGUGCGCUGCUGCUGCGCCGAGCUGCCCCUGCAGGGCGGGGAGGUGCGCCACUGGCUGCCGCUGGCGGAGACCUGGGCCGAGGCGCGGCAGGCGCUCGAGGAGCUGGACUGCUGCCUGCAGGUGCCGCUCAGGGGCUCCGCGGACUGCGCCGAGCUGCCGGUGGACCUCUCGGAGCUCGCGCGCGCGGCGGGGGAUGCGGCGCGCCCCGAGGCUCCGGCGCUCGCCGUCGCCGAGGCCGCCGCGAGCAGCUCGGUCGUCCCGUCGCUGGGCGAGCCCAUCGUGCUCUCCGCCUCGCUCGCCCGCUGCGGCGGGGCGUCGGCCCCUGCCGCAGCCGAGGCGGGGGCGACGGCCCCGGAGCUGGGAGGGGGCGUGGCCUUCCCGAGGCUCUGGCGCAUCUCCGUGGAGGUGAAGUCCAUCCGCCUCCUCGCCCGCACGGCCAACUGCUUCGUCGUCUACGCGUACGCGCCGUUCGCGCAGCCACGCCCGUUCCGCACGAGUCCUCCAACGCUGGCUCGCAAGAACGAGACGGUGUAUUUGCCACACUCCUUCGCGGCCUACACCCGGACCGCCACCGCGCAGCAGAUGCAAGGCUGGUUCGGGGAGCCCUUGCGCCUGGAGGUGUGGCACCGGGACGCGUACCGGAAGGACGCGCUGCUCGGGUUCGCUGACGCCACACUGGCCGCGGUGCUCGCGCAGCCCGUGCAGAUGUCGGCGAGCAUGCCCUCGAUGGUACGGGGGUUCCGCGUGGUCGACCAGGCGUGCGCGGUCCUCAACGCAGGGGAGGCGGGACCCGCCCGCGCGGGCUCGCUGCGGGUCCUUUGCUUCCUCGAGGACCUGGGCCCCGCAGACGCGCCCGCGCAGCGCCGCGCCGCCGCGGAUGCCCUGCUGCAGGCCCCCGGAGCCGCACCGGCGACCCCGCGACGCGACGCCCCCGUGGACUCUGCCGUGGCUGGUGCGGCGGCAGCCGACGCGGUGGGCGUCGAGCCAGGGGCCCGCGGGGCGGCCGCGCCGGCGCGGCCGAUCGCCCCGGCGGGCUCUGCGCCAGCCAGCGCGGCGGCAGCCGGCGCCGCAGUGGGCUCCCAGCCGGGAGUCCGCGGAGCGGCCGCGGCGCCCAGCGGCCGCGGCGGGGCAGGCGGCGCUGGCUGGGGCGAGGCAGAGUGGAGCGCGCCGCCAGCCGCCGCGCCGCCACCCGAGGGCUUCACCACCUACGAGCUCGAGCUCUGGAGGCGGGCUGAGGAGGGCAAGUUCCGGGCGCUGCUGGCGGACGAGGAGGCCGCGAUGCGCGGCCGCGUGGAGGAGGAGUUCCGCCAGCGGGAGCGCGCGCGGGCCGCCGAGUUCGAGCGAAGGAAGGGCACCAUCCGGGGCAUCGAGGCCGAGGUGAGGCGCGCGCUGCAGGACCUGCAGCGGCGCAGGGCGGCGGUCGCGGAGGAGGAGGCCCGCCACUCGGACACCGUCGACGGGGCCCAGCGCGCCGCGUGCGCGAGGGUCCAGGAGGCGGAGGCCGCCGCUCGCGAGAGGGAUGCCUCGGAGCAGCGCGAGCUGGAGCUGGCCCAGGGGCGCACUCGGCUGGCCGAGGGGCGCGCCGCCGCGGUGCAGGGGAGCGCGGCCGCCGCCCGCCAGCGCGCAGUGGACCUGGAGGCCGAGCUGGAGGACGUCCGGCGCCGCAUCUCGGCCGCGCCCGCGGCCCAGGCGAGGCGGGACCUCGAGGCCGUCCAGCUGAAGCUGCAGGAGCAACGCCUGAGGGCCGGCAGGCUGCAGCAGUCGCGCGACCACUUCCGCGCGAGGGCCGAGGAGCUGUGCCGGCAGCUGCCCGCCGCGGCGCCCGCCCAGGCGGCGGCCCCGCCGCGCGUGGCGGGCGCCGCGGCCGCGACGGGGGGGGCGGACCUGGCGUCUCUGGCGGCGGGGUCCUUCGGGAUCGCGGAGGCACUGCAGAAGAUCCAGGAGGAGCUCGCCGUGCUCGCCGAGCGCUGGGAGGAGAGCCCGCACCAGCCGCCGCCCCUCCGCGGUUCGCACGGGGCUCCGCCCGCUCUGCCGAGGUCGCCGCCCACCACGGCCACAGGGCGGGUGGGCUCCCCGCCACUGGGGUGGCUGCUGGCCCAGCGCCAGGAGCUGCUGCAGAGCGGGCUGUACGGCGAGGCGGACGCCGUCGUGCGCGCCAUCGACGCGAAGAUCGCGGAGGCGCGGUAGCCCGCGGCGCGGUGCGCAGUGGCUUCUGCGCUUGGCCCCCGUGCACGCGGCGCCGCUGGCCAGUGCGCAGAAGCGUGCGCGCCACGGCGUGCGGCGCCGCCGGGCCGACGCACCCGCGUCCCGUGCCGGCCUGAGAGGGAUAGGGGAGACGCGUCCUCGAAGGGGAGGGCGGGGGGGCCCAGGGCGGGGCCACAUCAAGCUGCGGGCGUAGCUGUUCUCCGGCGGUGCACUCCAGCGCGCCCUGCCUUGCCUAGAGCUCCCCCUCCAGCCUCGCCCCCCUCCCCCCGGAGGCUCUGGGCGUCCUCGCUCCCGCCUCGCCCCUGGCGCCUCUCCCCUGAGAUCCGACGCUGCGAA